UCGAUCGUUCUGCGAAAUCCAAACAUGCUUCGUGACAACAAAACAAAUGCGCGGCUGUGCCGCGGAAUUCCUGAAGUUUUUGGAAAAUUUUAAAUUCUCUUUGCUCAUCCGAUUACUCAACAUUUUAACCACACUCUCAACUACGCCUAGAAAUCAACCGUUUUAUUUUUGUAUCGAGGUUUUACUUCUUUAUCCUCUACUCUUUGGUGUGUUUUAAGGUUAAGUGAAUCCGUACUGUGAAAAAUUUCCUUUUGUUCGAAGUUUAAUGCCAGCUUUAUCCUGAAUUAAACUCUGUAAGUAAUUCUUAAGUGCCUUUAUCAGCAGACCGCAAUCCUGACGUUUGUAUCCCUCCCAACGGAACCGUCCAAAAGCUCAUACUCCUUUCCGACAUUGCACUCUGUGAUCUUUACGGUGUCAUUUUCAUGUUAAGUGCCCCCGGAAUUUCUCCUGUUUUAGUUUUUGUCUGGUUAUCAUUUUACAAUGCACAAACGCUCUGCACCGCACAGAGUUGUUUGUAAAGCUUUGCUGGUCUGCGAUGAAGAUGACAAGAGACAGAACAAAACUGCCAAGUCGCAGCGUCAGGCGAGAGAUACACACAAAUCUAUAAUUGAUACAAACUCGACUACAUCUCUUCAAAAUAUCAAUGGACAUGAUGCUGGAUCUCAUGCCUCAGAUAAACGUGAGACUCCUAGGCUGGAGAACAAGACCAGUGAUCCUGUGGACCGGCAAAUGCUGUUGCACCAAGCAACAAGUAACUUGAAUAAUCUUCGCGAAGAUUCAUUAAAGGCAGUAUCCACUGGAGUCAAGCCUGAUGUUCCAUCACACGAUGCAGACACAAAACCAACCAGCAGUGUCAGACAUCUGUCUGUAUCAAGCAAGUUGGAUGCCAAAGAUCGAAAAAUUCAACCUAACGAAAAACUAUACUCUCCGCCUAAACAAGUUUCCUCCAAUGAUCCGUUGCCACCAACAAAGCCACUUGUAAAAAAAUAUGACAAGAAAGAGACAAGAGAAUACAUAAGGAAAAAGAAAUUAGAACGUCAAGAGAAAGAAAAACAAGAAUUGGAGCAACAAAAGAUGGAGCUGGAAUCACGGCGCCAAAAACUCAUGGAACUUCGAGAUACCACACUCAAAGUUCUCAAAGCAAGCAUCAAGAAGAAAAGUCAGACCAAAACUGAGGAAAGAGAAAGAAAUUGGCGAGACUUGGAUGAUAGUGACUAUUUAGAUGCACCACCAUUUUCCCUAAACACAUACGCUGGUAUGAGGAACAUGAACGGUCACUCAAAGCAUGAUUUCGGUUUUACUCAAAGUAUGCAUUAUGGAAAUUAUCCAAGUAAGAAAAAUGAAUUACACAUAGAAGAGAGCUUAAAAGCCCUCCAUUUAACAAGGGAAAGCAAUGAAGGUGUCCCAAUAAAACACCAUCUUAGUCAUUCUAGCGGAGGGAAAAUCAUUCCACACUCACGUUCCAAUGAAGUGGUUAGAGGAUCAUCCAAUCUGCCACACAACCUAGCAAAUACAAAUGUGUCUCAAUCUCAAAUCCAUCUUCAAUCUAUCGGUGAAGGAGACGAUAAGAAAGAAUUCAUCCGCCGUUUAUCAGAGGAAGUCAAUCGUUUGUCUUCAAGCAUUAAAUUUUUAAAAGAAAAUGCUUCCAAAACACUACUUGAGACAAAUAAUAUCAACUCUAAAUCUGUCGAUGGUUUCCGUUAUGCAAGCCAUAGCAAUAAGAAAAUGGAAAUUUCGAAGUCAUGCCAAAGUAUUCCACAUGAAAUGGUUUCUGCUGUGACCGAACUGAAGGAUACUUUGACACUUUUGUCGCACACAAAUUUGAAGCCUGGCUCCAAGAAUAUGCAUCAGGUUCCUGUCUCAAUGCCGUCAACUCACUUGACCCCCGCAGAAAGGACCCAGACAGUGAGUAAAGGCAACGCUAGUAGCUCAAAUCCAAAUCAAGUCGCAGUAGAUAGUAAGAGAGAAGAAAAAUUGCAAUCCGUGUAUCAAAGGCACCCUAAGCGUUUAAAACAUCAGGUUCCUAAAAGUGACGAGGAUCAACAAGGUGCAUCGAAUGAAGAGUCGGAUCGUUCUGCUAGUAGUGGUUUUAUGUUUGAAAGUAAAAGUGCCUCUGUAAAGGAUACAGACUCGGAGGAGUUGUCAGCUCAGUGGCUAAAAUCGCUUGCUUUGAAACCAAAUCCUAUGAAUUUUAUAACUACUCUUAGAAGUAAAUUAAAUUUGAGCAAUCAGAAGGACGGACUUCUCAGUAGUGAUAGCAAACAGUUAAUGAUGGAAAAAAUGUUUGAUGCAUUUAAUAAAAAAUUCAAAGAAAAUUUGGAAAAGUCACUCAGCUCAGAUAAUGAUACUAAAAUACCAGAAUCAACUCACACUAAAAUUACGUUCGAGCCUCUAGACCAAUCUGACUUACAGCUCAAAAUACCCACCAAAUUAGACAAUUCAGAAAAGAAAAGACAAACGGAACCUCUCCCGUUGAAAAAUGGUCACCUGGAAACUGAAGGUGGUAUUCAAUCACAAGAACCCACUGGAAACUUCUCCAUCAAGAGACCACGUACUCUAAGAGCAAAAGAUAAAAGACAUAAAUCCUCGAAAGGUUUGGGCCCAGCAAUUAAAGAACCCUCCAAUUCUAGUCAAAAACCAGAUUGUGUUUUUUUACCACUGAGUAUUGCUCACUUUCCAUCUGCCGAUGAGCUGAAACAUAGCGGGAACUCAUCAACCAGAAGCUCAAGUACCCAGCCUGUGAGUAACAUGGACAAACCACUUACUGUCCCAAAGCUCCAUCUGAAAUCUGGUCUUGCAUCAUCCUCGGAUCUGUCAAUGUUUCACUCAAAAACGAAUUCUGAGGUCUCGACUCAGAGCAAAGAUACGCUUCCUGCCUGCCACGUCAAAAUGCCGAUCCGUCUAAGACAAGUAACAGCAGCCGACAAGAGUUCUUUGUCAUCGAUGAGCGAUUUAUCGGAGUCCACGGUCGCUAUCGAAAACAAAGAGAACGAGUCUCCUCAAGCAGACAAGGAUAUAAGAAAAAUUUUCAACCCUAGCGUCUUACGCUUGCAGGCUGAAGCCGAAUUAAAUCAAAUCGAUCUAUACAAUGAGUCUCUUCAGCAACUAGUUGAUGCAGAACACUACAGAGACCUAACGCUUGCAAAAGAAGUGUCAGGCGAAUUGACUGCUAAAAAGGACUCGCGGAGUAGCUCUCAUUCUAAACAUCGCAAGAAGUCGAGAUCUGCUUCAACUACACCAUCUUUGACAGAAAUCACGGAUACAUCGACGAUUAUGUCAGAGCUGCUGUUGUUGCCUACAACGAAGUUGAAUCGGCCAAGCUUCAAUUUUAAGUUCAGUCCCGACCAAGCGAUUAACAAACAAUCAAUGCAGAUGCUGGAGCAGUUGUUAAAAGAUGAGGAAUUCUGGGCCAACCACCAAAAGGAAAGCUUGAAACUGAGAGAAAAGGCUCUUUUAAACAGUAUAAGAGUAGGAAUUGUCUGGUUUGAAGUGCAAAAGAAACAACUGAAAGAUAGCGGGCAGGAUCAUCUAAUAAAAAAUUUGAAGAAGAAACAAAGAGGAUUGUUAUUGAAGCUACAACAGGAGAAAGAGGAGAUCGCCAGGCUGCAGAAGACAAUUUCCUCUGCAUCAGAGGAACGCAGGCAAAUCCUUCUGCAGCAGUAUCAGCUGGUCAAAUCACAGAUUUCAGCAAAGGAUGUUUUGAAGAAGAAGAAAACAAACUCUGUGUCAAGUAACAAUGUGAACUCGUCGAAAUAUUUCUUGACAAAACCAGUAGAGCAACCCAUCUACAAAUCCAACUCUGCAGACAUAGUUUGUGACAAGAACCUAGGGCAAACAUUAUUGGAAGGUUUAAGAGCCCUCGAACAAGAAAAGUGUAAAAUAUCAGAACGAGAAAAACAACUCAUAGAGCACUCAAAAAAUGUGGAUGAACUGCUUCAGUGGAAGAAAAAAUUCAAGGAUUUGGAAAAGCAAGCCGGUAGCAGCCGCCCUCUCAGAGAUCGAAGUACAUCACCGUUUCGAAUGACCCCAGAACCAACCAACGGCAUUAAUCCACCAACAAUCAUAGACACGGACGUCUGUCAGUCAAAAAAAAGUCAGGAUGACGCACAAAGCAACCAGUGUGGAGACCUCCACAACAUACUCCUCGGGUCAAAAGGGAAUCUAGAGACAAGUGGUGUUCGCUCGUCCGACCAUUAUGGAAGUGAAAGUGUGGAAUCUCCCGAGUCUUCAGAAACACCUAGAGGGCAUCAAUCUUUGUGCAAUACAGACACAACCAAUGCAAUGAAAAACAUUUCCGCUCACACUAAGCAGACAUCCAUUCAUAUUAAAACACCACUCUCUCCGCGGCUACAGAAUAGUAGGAGACUGCGUUACUCAAGUGGAUCUGAUGAUUCGAUGAUAUUUUCUCAAAACGAAACGCUUUCUGAGCAAAGUGAAACAGAAGUCAGAGUAUCAGCACUGCACGAGCAAUUGAAGCAAAGAAAAUUAGAAGCAGAACGCCUUCAAAGAGAGCACAAGCGAGCUCAGAGGGAACGACUGAAAAUGAAGGAGCAAGCUUUGAUCAAGCAAAUACAGGCUUACGAUGAAUACAUUCAGAAAACUCGUCGAGAGCUUGAACAAGAGCUUAGUCAAGCAAUCACCCCGGUUGUGCGUCCACAGAUCAAACAACCCCGCGUUGCCGAAAAAACUGUUUUCAAACGACAAGACAGUGUACCACCAUCCAAUCUCUCCGAGACAAGUGAUACCGUGCCACGUAAAGCCUGUUCUGGUGAAGGCCAGAAAAUACUAGACAAAUUCUUCGAGCAAGGGGAGAGUCAUAGCUCGGAAAUUCCAGAAUCUGAUCAAACUGAAAAUUUUGGAAGGGAAGAAAAAGACGAACGGAUAGAAGAAGUGGACUUCUCAAAUCAGGCGCAAGACAAAGGACAUGAGAACGAAAGUGAUGUAACCAUCAAGUUUGAUGAACUCGAAGGAGACCAAACAUUAAUUGUGCAUGACAUCUCCAAUUUAGAUAAAAAAUCUGAAAGAGAUGAAAUUUCCAACGAGAAGGUUGUUUUCAAGAUUGAUGAGUCUGCUGUGUCAGAAGUUUUACCAUCACCACUCUCACCACUAAAAAGUAAUGAAGCAUCUUCAAAUCAGAACUCAGAAGUGGGAUUAUCAGAAAAACUCAAGUCUUGUCCAGUACAGUUUUCACACGUAGUUUCAGACAUAUCAGUGCCAGAAGUCAUCGAGAACUCAUCGAUCAACAAAGUCGAAAGUGAAGUCGGAAGUGAAAUGCCCGAUUCAGUGUCCGAAAUGCCUAGCCUGCCCACCGCUCAAGAGUCUGAUAGGAUUAGCGUUAAACUUAUCAGUGAUUCCAUCGAUAGAUCAGAACAGAGAGAUCUUAUCAGAGAUCAGGCUGAACAAGAUAUUCUGGCAUCUGUUAAGUCCGUUGUUGAAUCGGGUGAUAAAAAAUCAACCGUAUCAAAUAUUUCUAGUCAUUCAGUUAGUCUCAAAGAGCCAUCAGAAGUGUUAUCACAGGAGGAAAUAUUGCCAGAAAAAACUGAAGAGGCAGCUAACAUCAGUUCUCAGAAAUUCAAUGAUAACAACUCAGAUGUGGUUCAGUCUGAAAAAUCUGUGUCUGAAGUAUGCUUUGAUUCCAAAGCACCCAAAACAGUAGAAAAUUCAGCAGAGGAAAAUGUUCCAACUAGAAAUUCUAUGUUUAAACCAGAUUUGGAAAUUUCUUCAAGUAUCAUUAUAGCAGGUGAAGAUUGGAUGAACGCCGAUGACUUUUUUGAGGCAAAUUUCCCAACUACUAACAAGGCUUUGAAGUCAAGUGAAAAUAGACUUGAGUCAUUAUUACCUAUAGAUCAAGGUAAGGUGAAUAUGUCGAGUUCUUCUAUAAGUGGCGAAGGUUUGGGAACAAAAUUGGAUUUUCCCGAUCAAGUCCCAGAUUUAGAGAUUCCCUUCUCUGAGGGGCCUGAGAAAGUGUUAUCUAGUCACGAGUCGGAGUCAGACAAUGAAGACGCCAGUUCAAAAUGUGAUUCUGUCGCCAGCAAAGUAUCAGAGUCGUCAGUCAAAUUUUCUGAAUCGGGAAAGUCAUACGAAAAAGACCGCUCCCUAUCAGAAGUCAUUGAAAACUGUGAAGUGAGCGAGAUUCUUGACACCAGCAGUACAUCAAAUGAGAGUUGUAAAACCUUUGAACAUGACUUUGAAGAAACAAAGGAUACGAACCAUCUGUUCUCAAAUUUACCAGAAACUAAAGAAGAGGAAUGCAAGCAGCAGCCUUUAGUUUCGCCAUGUCCCAGUGAUGUUACGGAUCUUAUCACAGAUGCGAUACUCAGCAACUUGUUACAAGAUAGUUUUGAGUGUAUCCCACCUGUCAAACCAGCUGCUGGGCCAGCGGAGGAACCUGUGAAUACAAUGGAGACUCCCUUCAUUGAAGCCUUGAAACGGGACCACGAGGCGCUGAAAGUAAAGGCGAAAGGGCGAAGUGACGAAGAAAAGUGGGAGGUGGCAGCUGAAAGGGAUAAGCUGUAUAGUGCAAUCAGCGUGGCUGAGAUGCUGUUAGGUGUCUGUUUGAACGAUGCCACAGAGACAGUUCUGAAUAUCCGGAAAAAAGUUGAGAUUAGCGGUCAAGGAGACUCUGCAGUAGAUAGUUCAAUCAAUGCACAGGAAUGCUUGCUAGAAGCUAAAAAAGAUUUGCUGCCUGCUUCUAUUGUUGAGCCUGUUCCCAAAGCCGUUGAAAUUACAUCUGUCAAAGACCAAACUGGUGUUGGACUUGGUGACGAUGUGGACUUCAACCAGGACUGGCUAAUUGAUGAGGCCUGUGUUGUGAGAGAAGCUGAAAAGUUACGACUGAAACAGCUCCAAAUUGAACAAGAAAUCGAACGUCUUCAGCAGGCACAACAAGAAGCACAGCAGCAAACUCAACAAGCGCCUUACAUUUAUGAGCGCUACCUCCGGGAAAUCCCGAACAAACCUCCACCUCCGUACACACCUCCUGUCCAACCAGAGAGUGUCCCGACUGACGAAACAAUCGUCUUGAACAUUGUAACCUCAGCUGCAGCUCAUAUUUAUGACUCCAGGCUGAUUCAUGUUGAACCAAAACCACCGCCAAGCUUUACGUCAGAUAAAAACAACUCUUUGGCCAUUUACAAGAAAUUCCUGUACGACCUUUGUCUUCAGCUGAUUAAUGAGAUCUACACAGACGACCAGAAUGAAUCUGCUGAGCCAUGGGAAAAGACUGUCAAACGGAGAGCUAAAACAAAGGUCCCCACGAAUAAGGCCAUGCUCAUCGAGGAGAUCAAACAGAAGGUAUCAAUUCUAUUUGGGUUCCGCAAGAAGGUCGCAAAAGAGAAUUUAAUCAUUCGGUGGAGUCGGAAGAAGCGCGACCAUGUCGACGAGCUGCUUGUUCGAGAAGCUCAGGAAGAAGAGCACGAGUGGACCAACUACGAGUUCGAUGAAAUCACGGUCAAAAACCAAGUGACUGUAGCACUUCUCAACAACCUACUCAACAAUACAGCAGCCGCACUGAGCAAGGCCUUCAAAACUAAACUUGAAAAGUUAGAGCAACAAGAAAACAGUCAAUCUGUAAACUGAGGUAAACUUAUUAGUUCUGUUAUUGUUCGGGCCCUCUUUGUUUCAUAGAGGUAGAUCUUAUGAUUAUUUUAAGCUGUACUGUAGACAGUUAAGCUGUACUAUCAUGAAUUUGGGUCAUAAAUGGCAAGAUAUUAACAAAAUGAAGCUCUGACAUGCCACAGAGAUGUGCGAUUUAAGUACUUUUUCUCAUGUGAAAUUUUGCAAGAAACAGGACGGUGUCCUUAGUUUUCUCUGGAGCGAAUUAUGAAGCUCAGAAAAAGCUCUCAAAGCUGACGCUGUAACAGGAGAGCUUGCUUACGCCAUGGUAAGAGUCCAUCUCUUUAUCCAGCCAAACUCUGCAUGCACGAAUAGGGUGCAAAUACAAUAGCAAGGUCGCCACUUUUUGCGGGGCCUCCAAAUCUGGAACCAUGCCCUACUAAUGUAUUUGCUCCUUAUUUGCACAGUGCAUGGAGAAUUCGACCGGGUGUAGAGGUGAACUCUCAACAUACCAUAGGCAAUCCUCUCCAUUGCAGCCUCGAUUAUGAAAGCUGCUGCUUUUGAGCUUGGAAGUCCGUUUCAGAGAGAACUGGUGGGUAGUGACAUCGUUUUUUUCAUGAAAUGUUACUUGAGGGAAAGUACUUUAAUUGCAGAUCUAUGUUGCAUGUCAGGGGUGAAUUGUUGGAAUGGAACACUGUUUGAAUGAAGGGAAGUACCCCCAAUUGAUGUAAGUUGUUCCAUUGUUUUCAUUGAAAUUAUUCAGAGAUUCUUGAUAGUUUAUUCUGGUUAAGGAGCUUUCAGCUCUCAGCAAUGAAGUCUAAAAAAAUGACUGCACUAUUGCACAAUGUAAUUUUUAUCACUGAAUGUGUUUUAUUUCACUUGUGCAUGUCUCAAUGGUUUAUGACUUGAUGGAAAGGAAUGAAAGGGAAUUUGUAGCUACUAUUUCUGUGCUAUGUAGAGAAAAUGCAGUCAGUAUGGUCCUACUUCUGCCUGCUAUUUCAUGUGGUCAGUCUGACCUCUUCUUCUCCUCUCAAUCAGUCUGAAACAUUACUGCAAUUUGUAAAAAUAACUGAUCCAAUCUGGAGAAAACUGGAUUAGUGUAAAAAAUCUUAAUUACAUUUUAAAAUAUCUUAGCGGGUAAUUCGAUAAAUCUUGAAGGCUUUUUCAAGCGUACAAAAUAGGAAUGUGAAACGUAAGACAAUUGAAUGUGCGCUCUGUUUGUGAUGUAAUGUUUUCAAUAGAUUUGUACCCAAUUUAAUUGGAUGUAACGAAUGCAUUAAUUUUAUUUCUGUAUUUCGAAUCUUGCUUUUUCAUGCCUUGCCAUGCCCUACCCUGAGACUGUCUCAGACUCAUGAAACAAGUUUUCGAAGCAGGAAUAGGUUGUUGAGUUUUUAAAGUUGAGAUUGUAAAUUGCCUUUUGGUCGUAUUUUGGACCUUCAUUUAAUUAUUUUUUUUCUCUUUAUGAGUGAUUAACUGUUUGUCUUUCAUAGUUCAAGGAACUAGGAUUGUCUAACUUUCAACGAAUGUGAUUAGCCUUAUUUCAAGCAGUGGACUUUAUUGCCCAUUGGUGUAGUGUAACUAGGUAUUAGAGGGAAGAGUUUAAUACACGAUUAUAUUUAUAUUGUUAACAGUUAAAAUUGUCCAAACGAUCACCAUUAAUUGUAAUCUGGUAAAGAAAAUUUCUAUCUUGUCUUUUUCACCUCAAGCAAUUACAGGAGUCUGCUGUGCUCAUCACUGUAACCAAGCUUUGAUGGUUGAAUCUUAAUGAUGAGCACGAACCAAUGAUGACUCAGAUUUUCCCCAUUCAAAGACCAGUGGAUCCUGGCGUCCACUUCGAUAGUGUUUAUCGUGGUUCCUACUGUUCAGUCUCAUCAGCCAGCAAUGAAUAUUUGCGUUGAUUGCUUUGUAUGUUUUGUAUGGAUGAAACUAUGAUGCUAAAAACCAUGAUCUGUCCUGAUGCGUUUGUGUUUUUGAAAAACACAUUCUGCAGCUGAAGUUGAAUGUAGAAAAAUAGUUUUUACAGCAGUGACAGAGAAUUCAAGAGACGUUGCUCUGAUUAUCUAAGCCGUUUAAAUGGAAGAGGUGAAAAUUAAUUUCAAUGAUCAAAGCUAAUUUUUACCUCAUGAAUUAUGAUCGAUGAUUCAUGAAGAUUGUGUCGAGAAUUUUUGUUACCUGAUGAAAUCAGAGAAAUUUCUUGUCAAGCAGGUUGAGAAACAGAUUUGUCAAGCUAUAUUUUGUCUGUUGGGGCAAUGCCUCACUUAUCAAUUACCUUACAGUUAAAAAUAUUUUUGAUCCCUGAACUUAAUUUUUCAAAGCUUUUAUUGCAGAAUUUGUCAAAUACAUUUUGAGCGGACUCUAUCAAUUUUUGAAAGCCCUCAAGAUUCCAAACAAGAAAAUUUCAUCUAGUGACUUUUGCAAUUGACCUGUUGCAUCAAGCACCUCUUUCAGCUCUCCUGUUAGGAACUAUACUUGAAAUUUGUAUCGAUUGAAGUGUGUAAUUUGUUUUGCCUUUCUCUCACCAUUAUUUUAGUUUUUAUAGGAAAUUUGUGGUUCACCUACGCAUUUGUCGAAUCCGAUGCAUUUCUUUCUAACCCUGCAAUUACAUCUCAUUAUAUUUGUACGGAUUUCUCUAAAGAAACAUUCACGCUGGUGAUGUUUCCAGAGAUAGCUCAAAUCUUGUGCCCAAAUAAUUGGCCGUUAGUCUGCUCAUAUCAUUAGUCUCUAAGUAGUAUUAUUUAUUGAAUACUAUUGUGUUUUGAAGACUGACCGUGUAUUUGUAAGGCGUAGUCAAAUUUUAUUCAUGCAGAUCUUUUUAAUUUAUUUUAAAAGUAAGGACGUUAAUUAUUUCUUAUUGAUGGAUAUUUUGAGAGGAUUUUUUAAGUCAUAGUUCUAGAAAUAUGUUAAUUUUAUUUUUUUUGUGUGACCAAGGGUUGUAGAAAAAUCCCAGGGGUUGUUGGUUGGUUACAGUUGCUCAGCCUGGCUGCUCUUUUGAAAGUAGAUUCAAUGUCAGUGGAUACGAUUGCUAGGCAAUUACAGGAAAAUGUAGGUAUCAUAAGAGCAAGUACAUAGUAGAGCAGUUGGUCCCUUAACAUGGUGUAUGAAUUUUUCUUUUGAAAAAGGAGAAAAACGCAUGAGCCCAGACUUCUGUCGUUAAUAUAUAAUGUCAAGCAUAGCUCAUUGAUUUGCAGACUUUCGCCUUUUCACUUGUCAAAAUAUUCAGUUGAUUUUAACACGCGUCGUGAGCAGGAAGGCAGAGGUUUGAACACUCAUGAGCCUUGCUUUGAUAUUUUAGCAAUUGGAGCCAGGGCUCAAAAGCGUCUAGACUUCCACUCUUUUCAAAAAUAUGAUUCAAGUAUGGUAUUAGUCAACUGAACACACCAUCAGACUGCCAGUUCGACAAGUAACAUUUUCUCACCACUUUUGAUCAGAUGUAACCAAACCUUGAUUUCAACACAGUUCAAAUUUCUAACAAGCCAAGUAGCCAAACACCCCUUUUUUUCUAUGACUCAGUGGAGCGAUUGCAGAGAUGAAGAUCAUUUAUGUUCGUGUUAUUUUAGACCAUCGAUUGCCUUUUUUGCACCAAGAUAGGUUCCUAUGGUAGAUAUUGUUCAGGUUCGACAGUUGGCAGCAGGACAAAAUCAAGGAAAAAAGGAUGCUCUCUACUCAUCCUAGUAAUUCCUGUUAAUUUUACUCUGAUAUUUUAGAGACAGCUUGUUAAAGUGAAGGAAGCUUAGUGUUUCUUAUGGUGAUUCUAAGUAAUGUAGGGACGGUGAGGUCUACUCUUAUGUUGACACUGUGUCUUUGAGUAACAAAUUUAUCGCUAACUACUGAUCUAUAACGUAAAAUUGCAUAAAUACCGAGCAGUGCGCCUUUAGAUUUGUGAAGAUUCAUUCAUAAUCUUCAUUGGAAAGUACCUUAAGGGACGUUGCUAACUAACUCAAUGUUUAAGAGAGGGAUACUAUCUGUCACGGAAGUUAAUGAUAUAAAUUUUCGAUGAAUCCUCAGAAAGUUGAACUGAUGCCGUACCACUCAAUAUUAAUGCUGCCUUACGUUAUAAAUAUGUCUCUUGCACUAAUUUGUGCAUUAUUAUUGCUUCUCAAAGACUAUGUAGCAGCACAAUCGAGUGACCAGAGCUUGUCCCUAGAUCACCUAAGCGUUACCUUAAUGCUCUUCAAUGGGUCUUUUGCUCUCAAGAGGUACAGCUAUCCUAGUACUUAUUUGAAGGUUAAAUUGUUCAAAAAUCUUGUUGAGCACAUCAGAGUUGUCUAAAAUUCACUCCACAAAGCACAAUUUGCGUUACCGUUAUGACUUCGAAUCAUUAUUCAAACAAUCUCACAAACUGUUACACAUUUUUCCUCCAUAGGAGACUGUUUGUUUGUGUAGAUUAGGUCUCCUUGUGUCUUGCUUUGCGGGCAAAUGUCAUUACCAGUGAUGAAGAAAAUCUGUCUUUAAACACAAGAAAUUUUACGUGAAAAGGCGGGUGCUGAACACUUCUGAUGUGCUCUAAGUGAUUUUCGAGUAAUUUCCUCUCUUCAGAGUCAUCUCCGCUGACUGUAUACGUGUGCAACGGACCCAUCACAGUUUAGUCUCCUUUCAGCCAGGAAUAAGUUUUUUCAGGUUUUUCGUUUAAGCAUAAAUUACUUGAUCGGGUCGAGAGCUCCAAAGUUGGUUAUGAAUAAUCAGUGUUUACUCCGUACUCUGUAGGUUAUCAAGAAAGGUAGCAACAAAGAGUAUUGAUACACUUUGGACUUCCCUCAUGACCGAGUAAUUUUAGCUUUUGUAAAGACAUUUUUAUUGUUGAUACCUUCUUUGAUUAUGACAAAAAUGAUUCAGAGCUGCCAAACGGCUCAGUGAUCUCUGUUGUGGGGUGUUGAUUUUUAAAGACUGUUAGGGAUGAAGUGCACUUAAGCUAUUUUCGAAUUAUUGAUUUUCUCCUAGACAUUUGAUCAAGACUUUUUUUAACUAAAUAAAGUGUAUGUUUUAAUGAAAA